AUGUACGCCUACGAGCGCAUCUUUAUUCGCCUGAUGGCGCAGUCGAGAAUUCACAUCUGCGCGACGCGCGGCUUUGCCAUUCUCGUCGAGUGGCUCUGCGUCAGCUACAUUGCCGCCAUUACGGCGCUGCUGAUGACCACCGGCGAUGCGGUGGGCGGCCUGAAUGGCUCACAGAUUGGCCUCUCCCUCUCUUCUUGUAUUCUCCUCGUAGGCGUCACCUCAUGGGGCGUAGAGUGUCGAGCUGAUUUGGAGAGUCACAUGGCCUCGGUGGAGCGGGUGGUCGCAUACACUAAACUGCACUCGGAGUUUGAGCUGGGGGACCAGAAGGAACCUGAGGGAGCUAGGUUUUGGCGAUCAAAGCAGACACUUCAGCUUCAGCAGCAACAACAAAAGCAGCCCCAGCAACAGCAGUCUUCCUCAUGUCCCUUCAUCACCGACGGAAAGAUCGUCUUUGAUCACGUUUUCCUCUCGUACAACCAAGUGGACGCCGUCCUGAAGAGCCUCGACUUUACCAUUGCCCCGCGCUCAAAGGUGGGCAUUGUCGGCCGGAGUGGCGCCGGCAAGAGCUCCAUCAUCACCGCCCUCUUCCGCCUGGUGGACAUCACCGGCGGGGAAAUACUGAUUGACGACACCAAUAUUCGAAACAUUCCACUGGAGACGUUGCGCAGCAGCAUCAGCUCCAUUCCACAGGAUCCGGUGCUCUUUAGCGGCACCAUUCGCUCCAAUCUGGAUCUGUAUGGGGAUCGUGGCCACUUUACUGAUCGACAGUUGUGGCAGGCGCUGGAGGAAGUGCAACUGAAAAGUGUUCUCGUUGAGGCGGGUAAAGAUUUGGACUCGCCCGUUCACGAGGGCGGCGACAAUUUUUCCAUUGGGCAGAAACAGCUUUUGUCGCUGGCCCGGGCCAUGCUGCAGCAGAAUAAGAUUCUCAUUCUCGAUGAGGCGACCUCAAAUCUUGACCAGGAGACUGAUCUGGCCAUUCAGCAGGUGAUUCGCUCCAAGUUUGUCGACUGUACGGUCAUCACAGUGGCGCAUCG